CGGCUGGUGGCAGCCGCUCGCUCGCCCACGCGCUGCCGGUGCCGGGCUGCGGCGCCGACACGGUUAAGGCACCGGCGGGAUCGGGAGCCGGCUGCAGCCACCGGCGGAGCCAAACUUGCCGAGUCAGGAUGUGAGAGCGGCAGGGAAGGCUCUGCAGCAUCCUUGGGUGCUGUAGCAUCCCGGGGCGCGGAGGGCUCGCCUUCCCCCUCUGCCAGACACCUUUUCCGGGGACUGAGCGGGAAUGGGGUAGGAACCGUCAUCCGCUGCGCUUGCCGCCGGCUGUAGCAGCUGCUCUGCGCCGGCACCGGCGCCGCUUCCCGAGACCCGUAGAGUCCGCAGCCCGGCGGCAGCCGGGUUAGACUCAUUGCCUUGUGUCUCCCGACCGCUCAUCGCCCUCCGUCCGAGCAUCGGAGACAGGGGUGAGGCGGCGAGUGGCUCCGGGGAGCCCAGGCUGGCUCCAUGUAUCCCGAAUCCACCACUGACUCCCCAGCGCGACUCUCGCUGCGGCAGACGGGCUCCCCAGGGAUGAUUUACAGCGCAAGAUACGGGAGCCCCAAGCGCCAGCUCCAGUUCUACAGGAACCUCGGGAAGUCUGGGCUACGUGUGUCCUGCCUGGGUCUGGGAACAUGGGUGACUUUCGGAGGGCAGAUCACAGAUGAGAUGGCGGAGCAGCUGAUGACUUUAGCUUAUGACAACGGCAUUAAUCUCUUCGACACGGCAGAAGUCUAUGCUGCUGGCAAGGCUGAGGUGGUGCUGGGGAACAUCAUCAAGAAGAAAGGGUGGAGACGGUCCAGCCUGGUCAUCACCACCAAAAUCUUCUGGGGAGGAAAGGCCGAGACAGAGAGGGGCCUGUCCCGAAAACACAUCAUAGAAGGUCUGAAGGCAUCAUUGGAGCGGCUGCAGCUGGAGUACGUGGACGUGGUGUUUGCUAACCGGCCCGACCCCAACACGCCGAUGGAAGAGACAGUGCGAGCUAUGACCCAUGUCAUCAACCAGGGGAUGGCCAUGUACUGGGGGACCUCGCGCUGGAGCUCCAUGGAGAUCAUGGAGGCAUACUCGGUGGCCCGGCAGUUCAACCUGAUUCCUCCGAUCUGUGAGCAGGCCGAGUAUCACAUGUUCCAGCGGGAAAAGGUGGAGGUGCAGCUCCCUGAGCUCUUCCACAAGAUAGGUGUUGGAGCCAUGACUUGGUCCCCACUGGCCUGUGGCAUUGUCUCGGGGAAGUACGAUGGGGGCAUCCCCCCCUACUCCCGUGCCUCUCUGAAGGGAUACCAGUGGCUGAAGGACAAGAUUCUGAGUGAAGAGGGCCGGCGGCAGCAGGCAAAGCUGAAGGAGCUGCAGGCCAUCGCUGAGCGCCUGGGCUGCACCCUGCCCCAGCUCGCCAUCGCUUGGUGCCUGCGCAACGAGGGUGUCAGCUCUGUCUUACUGGGGGCCUCCAAUGCCGACCAGCUGAUGGAGAAUAUUGGAGCAAUACAGGUCCUUCCAAAGCUGUCGUCUUCCAUCGUCCACGAGAUCGAUAGCAUCCUGGGCAACAAACCAUACAGCAAGAAGGACUACAGAUCCUAAGCGCGCCCGAGCACGCCGCCCGCCGCGCAGCCCUCGCCGCCCGUUCGCUUGCUUACGCUUUGUUGGAGCAAAGUGGAGAGUGUGGUUUGCACCGCGAGCGCCGAGAGCCAGCGCUCCCGCCCGCGCUGCCCCGGACAUGGCGCCGCGGCCGCCCGGCCCGGCUCUGCGGCGCAGGGACGGCCGGCGGGAGGCGAGCCCCGAGCUGCCCGGCCGGCCUGCCCGCAGCCGGAGCCGCCGCGGGGACCCGUUGCAUGCGUGGCUCCUCUGCCUCCGCGUUGGCGGAGGCGGCGGGCGCGGGGCGCACGCGGGUGCUGUACGCCCACGAGGCCGACAACACGAAGCUGUUCCCCA